AUGUUAUACAGCUUGGUUCAAAAUAAUCCUUUAUUAAAAGCAUUAACACGUUGGUAUCAAAAAGCAGAACAGUUGCCUUUUACUGAAAAACAAACGCUUUUACCAACAUUAAUUGAUAACAUCACGAAUAAUCUAUCCAAAUCGACGAAUAAUUAUCGUUACGACGAAUUAGUUCAACGUUUUGCAGUUAUCUUAUAUAUAUUAGGAGGCAAGUUCGCUUAUAAUUUCGUCAGGCUCAAUUUGGUAUGUGCUCUACCAUGUCCAACAACAAUAACAAAUUUAAUAAAAGAUAAACAUUUGAAGCUAAAUGAAGCAGAAUUUCGAUUCGAUGUAUUAGAACAACACUUUAUGUCGAAGAAUUCUAAAUAUGGUUUCGCUUCCGAAGAUACUACGGGUAUCAUUAAAAAAGUAGUUUAUAACACCGAUACUAAUUCUUUCAUUGGAUUUUGCACUCCAUUGGAUAACGGAGUUCCAGUUGCGCAUCAUUUUCGUACAGAAUCGUUCUAUCAAUUGAAGGAAUGGUUUGCUUAUGUUGAGAAAGCUGCUUUACUAAAUCUACACAUGAUUCAAUCUCUUUCACAAGAUGUUACAACCUCAUCAUCAUUUAUACUAUCAGCAUACGGUAUAAGUAACACGUUCACAUCAAGUGAUAUUGUUCAAAAAUGGAUUUACAUUUUUAAUGAAUGUUCAUCUCGAAAUAUACGAAUUAUUGGAUUCGCCACUGCUGCAUUUAACCGUGCAAAGGAACUAGUUAGUAAUUUGAAUAUAUUACCUUCAUUAAAGGAAUGCAAUGCUUGUGAACUUAAUGGUUUAAGUAAAAAUAUAUCUGAUAGUAUUAGAUUCAACAUUAAUUCGGAUAAUUAUUUAGCAACAUAUUCAGAUUCUUCAUCAGAUUCUGAAUCUGAUUAUGAUGAUGAAGCA